AUGCAAGAAGCUUAUGUCUUACAUGAUCAAUAUAGGAAUCAAUCCAUGUACAACUACAUUAGUGGGAGUACUCGUCCUCUAUAUUUCAAAAGACCUUUGGUCCCAACGAUGACUGAUACUCCUAUAAAAUUGAGUCAACCCCCUGUAUAAUAAGUGAAAGAAUAACCUCCUCCAGCAAAGGUGACUAUAGAGAGAGUAAUACUACUUUUUAUUUUGAUAGGUUAAAGAUGUUGAAAUUUAAACUGAUUAUAGAGAAGCUGAAGCCUAAACUGACCCAUAUACACCAGCACAUGAUUAGAAUGAAGAUUAAAAUAUAGAAAUUUUAGCAUUACAGCAUCUGAAAUGGGAUAAGGGGUUGCCUGCUUCUAUUGAAGAAUUGGAGUCUAUAGAAUGGAAUAGAGAAAAAGUGUGGUUUGAGAAUGCAUUGCCUCCUAUUUCAGAUGAAGCUUCAUUUAAAUUGAGAAGAGUAUUAAUGAAGUCAUAAGAAGAAAGAGAGUGGAAGAAAAAGGAAACAGAUAUCAAGAUGUAAUUCCAAUUAUAAUUUGAGUUAGAAAUUAGAAUGAGAGAUUAUAUUUAUUAUAAGAGGCUUUAAAAGAAAGAGAAAAGGAUGUAGAAGAAAAGAAUGCUUAAAGAAUAGAAAGCAUUAAAAUUAAGAAAACAGAGUUAAAGAAUAGAAUGGUGGCUAAAAUUUAAAAGAGAAAGAUAAAAAUACUUAGAAAAAUGUAGAAAAGCAGAAAAGAAAUAGAUAAUGAAGAUAAAGGUAGAGAAAUUAUAGAAGAUUAUGCUAAUUUUGCAUCUAAAGUUUAUGCUGGUAUUACAAGAGAAGGAUUAAGUUUGGAUAAAAUAGCUAGCAAAUAUGAAGUAUAACCAGUUGCAUUAAAUACUUAUAAAGGAUUGACUGAAUUAUCAACUACAAUAAAACCAUCUAUUUUAGAAACUACAGUAAAUGUAGCUCAAUUUAUUAAAAUUAUUGAGAAGGAUUACACAAGAUUAGAAAUUCAACAUAAGAUAGAAGUCAAUAAAGCAAGAAAUUAAAUAUUUGGAUUAAAUAAAUAAGAUUAAUCAAAUGAUACUUAAGCAGAUCAUAUUGGAAAUAAAAAUAUCAUUAUUAGACCUGCUACUCCAACAUAUAAUUAAGAAUUUGAAAAUGGUGAUGUUAAGAGACAAUAAAUGAAAUUUGAAAAUUAUGAAUAAUUCAAAGAAGAAGCAGUUAAAAGAUAAUCAGAAGAUAAAAAGAAUUCAGCUGUUAUCUUACUAUAAAGAUUAUUUAGAGGUAGAGCUAUGUAGAAUAUAAUGUAUGAAGGAAAAGAGAAGGUAAUUAUUAAAUUUGAUAUCCAUAUAGCGAACUGCCUUAAUUGAGGAAUUAUUAACUGUUGCUAAAAUACCAGAUCUACCAGAAGCUGAAUAAGAAGAAAUAUUAAUGUAACAACAUGAAGAAAAAGUUAAGAAUGCUGCUUUGGAAGCUAUUUAAGGAGAAGUGAUUGCAGAGACAUUAGAUAUGUUAAGCAAAGAGUUACUCAGAAUUAAAUAAGAGAAAAGAAUUGCUUAAAUGGUUAAAUCAGCUGAAGAAGAUAGAAGAUUAAGAGAAAUUCAAGAGGCUGGUACUAGAUAGGCAGAAUAAAUAUUAAGAGAUAGAGAAGAUGUUUAAUAUAAUUAAAUUAUGAGAGUACAUUAAGGAACUGUUGAUACAUAUUUACAUUGGAUAUUUAAGAAUACUAUUGAAUAAGGUAGAUAUAUUUAAAUAAAUCUAUAGCUGCCACAAGAUAAGCAACCAUUAUGACAAAUCUAAGAAAACAAAAAAUGAAUACUCCUGUUGAAUAUUUUGAAAGAAAAUACAAUAGUGAUGAAACUAUUAUCAAAGAUUUAGUUUAGUAAUUUUUAAUACCUAAUGUUCAAAGAUCAAAGUUAUAAAAAUAAAGUAAUUAUGAUAACUAAAAUAUUAGUUUAAAUUGAAGAAAGAAGAUUUAAUGAAGCAGCUAAAAAAUCAAUUCAGGCAACUUUAUCAUAGGCAGCCUAAUAGAUUAAUCAAAAAUGA